AUGUCCAAAAUUACAUUCAAAAUAAACGGAAAAAAGUAUGAAGUUGAUGGAAGAUAUGGUCCUGAUUUCACAUUAAACGAAUUUAUCAGAACAGUAGCAGAUUUACGUGGCACUAAAUCCAUGUGUCAUGAAGGAGGAUGCGGUGCCUGUGUGGUAGCAGUUCGCAUUCCCUCACAACCAACUGGCGAACUGAGAACAUAUUCUGUCAACUCCUGUCUUGUGUCCAUUUUGUCCUGUCAUGGAUGGGAAGUAAUAACUGUGGAAGGCAUUGGAAACAGAACCAUUGGAUUUCAUGAUAUUCAGACCAGAUUAGCAAACUUUAAUGGGACACAGUGUGGGUUUUGCACGCCUGGUUGGAUUAUGAGCAUGUACAGUCUGUAUAAAUCAAAAAAUGGAAACCUGAGUACAGAAGAAAUAGAAAACUCAUUUGCUGGCAACAUUUGUAGAUGCACAGGGUACAGGUCAAUUGCAGAUGCAUUCAAAACGUUUGCUUCAGAUGCCGAUCAGGAUAUCCUGAAAAAACUAGUUGACGUAGAAGACUUAUCAAAAUUUAAAGCUUGUGGUGUAAAAUGCCCUAAGAUAUGUUCGUAUAGAAAUAUGACACAAUGUAAAAAAAAUAAAGUUAAAUUUCAUGCUGAAACUAAUACUAAUGGUCCAUGGUGUAUUCUUGGUAAUAUUAACACUGAAGCUUUAGCAGUGAAAAAUAGUGCAUUCAAAUGGUUUAAAGUAUACACUUUAAAUGACAUAUUUAAAAUUAUUGAUCAAGAUAAAAAUGACUAUAAACUAAUAGCUGGCAACACAGGACAAGGAGUAUAUCAUAUAACUGAUUAUCCUUCAAAUAUGAUUGACAUUGCCGAUGUUGCUGAAAUUAAAGGAUAUUUAUUGGAUGUUAAUUUAAUACUCGGCGCAGGAAUGUCAUUAUCAGAAAUGAUGGAAGUGUACUUAAAAAUAUGCUCUGAAAAUGAAGACUUCUUAUACUUAAAAGAAUUUUAUGAUCAUUUAGAUUUAGUGGCUCAUAUUCCUGUAAAAAACAUUGGUACUAUUGGCGGAAAUUUGUUUAUGAAGUAUUCAAAUCGUGAAUUUCAGUCAGAUAUAUUUUUACUUCUCGAAACAGUUGGAGCUAUGAUUACCAUUGCUAGCAGUACUGCCAGAAAAACAAUUAUCUCAUUAAUGGAAUUCCUCCAAACCGAUAUGAAAGGAAAAAUUAUACUUAAUGUCCUAUUACCACCAAUAUCAAAGUAUUGCUUAGUGAAAACUUUUAAGAUUAUGCCUAGAUCUCAAAACGCACAUGCAAUUGUUAAUGCUGGAUUUAUGUUCAAUUUUGAAAUCAAUUCGAGUAUAAUUAAACAAGUGAAAAUCGUGUAUGGUGGAAUAGCUGCUAAUUUUGUUCAUGCUCAAAAAACAGAAGAAAUUCUAGUGGGAAAAGAUCUCUUUACUAAUGAAACGUUACAAGUAGCACUAAGUACUUUAUCUAUGGAAUUAAAUCCAGAUGAAUCACCGCCAGAGCCACGUGCUGCUUUUAGAAAAAUACUGGCAACAGCUCUCUAUUACAAGGCAGUUUUAUACUUAUGUCCUGAGAAUAAAUUAAAUCCGGCUUUAAAAUCAGGAGGCAAGGCACUUAAGAGGAUAAGAUCAAAAGGAAGUCAAGUUUUUGAUACCGAUAAAAGCGUAUGGCCGUUAAAUAAACCAGUUCCUAAACUAGAAGCUUUAGCACAAUGCAGUGGCGAAGCAAGUUUUUCAAAUGAUUUUCCAAAGCAAGUCGAUGAAGUAUUUGGAUCAUUUGUUACCGCUGAUGUGAACCCAGGCAGUAUUUUAGGUGACUUCGACACGACCGAAGCAUUUAAAAUACCUGGUGUUAUCGCAUUUUAUACUGCCAAAGAUAUUCCUGGCGAAAAUUCAUUCAUACCCUCAAAUAUUCCCAUUUUAUCUCAAAAUGAAGAAAUUCUGUGCUCCAAAGAAGUAAAAUUUUACGGUCAACCAGCUGGUAUUAUUGUAGCGGAUAGACAAAAAACUUCGAAUAAGGCAGCUAGACUCGUAAAAGUAAAUUAUGUUUCAAUAAACAAUAAUAAACCCUUACUAAACAUUGAUGACGUUUUGAAAUCAAAUGAAAAGGAAAAAAGAAUUAAAACAGAUCAAAUUGUUGAACCAACUGAUAAAGGCAAUGAAGUAAAAUCUGUCCUUUAUGGGAAUAUUAAUUUUGAAACACAAUAUCAUUAUUACUUUGAGCCUCAAACAUGUGUCGUGACUCCUACUGAAGAUGGACUAGCAGUAUACUCAUCUACACAAUGGCUUGAUGUUACAAAUGUAGCAGUUGCACAAUGUUUAAAUAUACCAGUUAAUAGUAUCAAUGUAAUCGUGCGUCGUGUAGGUGGAUCAUAUGGGGGUAAAAUAACUCGAUCAAGUCAAAUUGCAUGUGCAGCAGCUAUAGUAUCACAUUUACUUGGAAAAACUUGUAGAUUCAUACUAUCGUUAAUGGAUAAUAUGAAGAUUAUUGGGAAACGAAUACCAACCAAAUGCAAUUUCGAAGUCGCAAUUAACAAUGAAGGAGUUAUACAAUAUUUAAAAAAUGAAUUCUAUCAAGACAAUGGUUUUUCGUGGAAUGAUACUAUCACAUUUUUAACACUUCAUCAUUUUCGUAGUUGCUAUGAUACAAGUAGGUGGUAUAUCAAAGCUAAUAGUCUCAUUACUGAUACUCCUUCUAAUACAUGGUGUAGAUCACCCGGCUCAACGGAAGGAAUUGCAAUGAUAGAAUAUAUCAUGGAACAAAUUUCGCACCAUACGGGUAAAGACCCGAUUGAUAUCCGACUUUUGAAUAUGAUUAAAGAAAAUAAUCCCAUUCCCGAAUUGAUAGAACAACUGAAGGUCGAUUCCAAUUAUGAAAUCAGACUGGCAGAUGUAAAAAACUUUAAUAAAAAUAACCGCUGGAAGAAACGCGCCAUUAAGUUAAUGCCGAUGACUUAUGAAAUAUUUUACAUUGGGCCAUAUAAUGCCAUUGUAUCAAUAUAUCACGCUGAUGGUUCUGUUGUUAUUAUCCAUGGUGGUAUAGAAAUGGGCCAGGGGCUCAAUACAAAAGCAGCGCAGGUCUGCGCUUAUAUUUUGGGCAUACCUCUUGAGAAAGUAAGCGUUAAGCCCAGUAGUAGCUUCACAUCGCCAAACGUAAUGACUACUGGAGGUAGCGUUGGAAGUGAAUGCAUUUCGUUUGCAGUUAUAAAGGCUUGUAAAAUUAUUUUAGAGAGAUUGCAACCAAUAAAAGAGAAAAAUAAAAACGCCAGUUGGAAUGAAAUAGUACAAGAGGCUUACCUUUCAGGUAUUUGUUUACAGGCGUCACAUACAUAUUCAACAUCAGAUCCUUUAGCCCCAUAUGAUAUUUAUGGUAUCGUUGCUCUAGAGCUCGAGCUUGAUAUACUAACUGGAAACCAUGAUAUUCUCAGAGUAGAUUUACUUGAAGAUACUGGUAGAAGCUUAAGCCCCGAAAUUGAUGUUGGACAGAUUGAAGGAGCUUUUGUUAUGGGUUUGGGCUAUUGGACUUCUGAAAAAAUUGUCUACGAGCCAGCAACCGGAAGAAUUUUAACUGAUCGUACUUGGACUUACAAACCGCCAGGUUUAAAAGAUAUCCCUGCUGAUUUUAGAAUCUACUUUAGAAGAAAUUCUAAGAAUGAACUUGGUGUUCUCCAGUCGAAAGGUGUAUUUUUUAUUCCUAUUAAAUUUUAA